AUGCAAAGGAUAGAUGUAAACGAGAAUGAGAAAAUUCAAUAUAUUCAAAACCUUUUGCGGUCAAAACUAAACUUCUUGACUCGUUCCACAUUCAAAUUCGUUGGUGAUCCCAUUCCUCCUAAUUCCAAUAUAAAUAUUAAGAAUGUGAGUCCUUUGGUCGAUGAAUCAACCACGUCUAAAAUAGAUAAAGACUCAUUAAUAUUCAUAAACGAAACAAAGGUCUUGAAUGUUGAUUACUGUCAUAUCUCAACACUCUCGAAUAGUAUAAUCAAAGUAAAUGGAAAGUCAAUAAAUUUGAAUAAUGCAUACAACUCAUUUGGUUUUAUAUUUUCAUCAGGUCCAUUGUUUUUACAAAAUAUGGAGAAAUGCAUUUUGAUUGCUGGUUGCCAUCAAGCACGAUUACACAACAUCACAGACUCAAUCAUAAUCUUUGAAAACAACGAGAAAGACACUCAAAAGACUGUUAUCAUUGAAAAUUGUCGUAAUGUGAAAUUUAAUUCAGUCUAUGUCGAUGAUUUUGAUCAUCCCACUAAAUUCACAGAGAGUCCCAACUAUCAAAUAUUGCAAGACGAUGUAGUUUCUGAGAUUGAAAACGAGAUAGAAAAAGUCGAAUUGAACGAUUUAACAGGAUUUUUGAAGAGGUUUUUGUCCACCCUGAAUUGA